AUGCCACCAAAGAAGAAGCAACAACAGCAACCAGUGAAGAAGAAGAAGGACAAUGUCGACAAGACGUUUGGUAUGAAAAACAAGAACAAGUCGACUAAAGUUCAAAAGUUUAUCAAGCAAGUUGAGUCCCAGCAGGAUCCAAAGAAGGAAGAAUUGAAGAGAAAGAAGCUCGAAGAAAAGAGACUGAAGGAAGCUGCUGAGGCGGAAAGAAGAGCGUUGUUCAAUCCAGUAGAUCAGAGAGUCAAGGCGGGUGUUGAUCCUAAGACUGUUCUCUGUGCGAUGUUUAAAAUUGGUAACUGUAACAAGGGUGCUCGUUGUAAGUUUUCGCACGAUUUGAAUAUUGGCCGUAAGGUUGAAAAGAAGGAUUUGUACCAGGAUACAAGAGCUGAAAAGGAGUCUGACACUAUGGACAACUGGGAUGAAGAAAAGUUGAGAAGUGUUAUCAAAUCUAAGCACGGAAAUCCAAGGACCACUACAGAUAAGGUUUGUAAGUACUUUAUUGAAGCCGUCGAAAAUGGUAAGUAUGGUUGGUUCUGGGUGUGUCCGAACGGCGGUGACAAAUGUAUGUACAGACACUCUUUGCCAGAAGGCUUCGUGUUAAAGACUAAGGAACAAAAGAGAUUGGAGAGAGAAGCUUUGGAGAACAAGCCAAAAAUCACAUUGGAAGAGUUUAUCGAAACAGAAAGAGAACGUUUGGAUAAGAGUAAUCUAACUCCAAUCACAAUGGAAAACUUUGCACAAUGGAAGAAGAACCACAAGAUUGAAAGACUCAAUCAGGAGAAGGAAAACGCAUCAAAGAAGAAACCAACUGGACGUGAAGUUGUGCUGAAGAAAUUCGCUGAAAACAAGAAGUUCGAUAUGCUGGAGGAAACCGAUGCAACAAAUGGCUCUGCUUGGGAUCUAACUGAAUUCACAACUGCUCUAAAAGAGGUUGAUGGUAGCAGCUCUAGCGGUAUCAAAGAUUAUGGUGAUGGUAGCAAUCCAACUUUCGAAAUUCCUAAAAAGAACGACGAACCUUCAAAACAAAACGCUGAACUCACUGCAUGA